AUUAGCACAAAGACCACUACCAUCACUCACGGGGGCUUUACAUUUCAACAGUUGGCCGUCGCCUAGGACACCGAUACGGCCACUAUAUAACCUAACCUAGGGUGGCGCACAUCACAUGACCACCACUCACUCUCUCUCUCUCUUCCACACACACACUCUCUCUCUCUCUUCCACACUCUCUCUCUAUAUCUAUAUACGAUACUGAUUCUCCACUAGUGGAACCAACUCAACUAUCUGAUUCUUACAUUUUCCGAUAACAGUUUCAGCUACUUUACACGAUUCCUUGCUUGCCUUUUCCUCAAUCUCCCUCAUCAACGUUCCUGUAACAAUAUGUUUGUUAUUUAGUUACACACGCAAACCGCGUGAACUCGAAUCUAUGUUUGUUUAUUCACUUCCCUUCCUUCUAUGGAGAUGUGUUUGAUUGAUCUCGAAUAUUAACUAACUAGUUCGUUCACAUUAUUGGAUUAAAUCUAGACCUAUUGUGAACAAACGAGUAUUGAGAUCGGAAUAUACAAAAUCGAAUAUGUUGACUUGUAUUGCGUGUUCGAAGCAACAGGUUAACGGUGGAUCUCUUCACCAACGGGAGGAAGAAGAUGACACUGUUGUUGAUAAUGUUCACACUAAGCCAGCUAUUAAAGCUCUCACAUCUCAGAUUAAGGAUAUGGCAGUAAAAGCAUCUGGAGCGUACAAGAACUGCAAGCCUUGUUCCGGAUCGUCGAAUCGCUAUCCAAUAAACGGUGAGUAUGUGGACUCUGAAACCGGUUCACUGUCGGAUAGGUUUAGGUAUCAAAGAGGUUGUGAUUCUACACCUAGGGUUUGGGGCAAGGAGAUGGAGGCAAGGUUGAAGGGGCUUUCGAGUGGUGGGAGCACUCCGGCUUCGUAUAGUGGUCGAAUUGAACCGAUUAAGUUUGUUGAGGAAGAUGGAGUUAAAGAAUGGGUUGCUCAGGUUGAACCGGGGGUUCUCAUUACGUUUCUUUCGUUACCUCAAGGAGGCAAUGAUCUAAAACGUAUUCGAUUCAGCCGUGAAAUGUUCAACAAAAAGCAAGCUCAAAGUUGGUGGGCCGAGAACUGUGACAAGGUUAUGGAGUUAUAUAAUGUUCAACACUGUAACCAUGAAGGUGACCCACCACCUGCUCCACCAAGAUCCGAAGACGAGAGUUCAAAAAUUGGGUCAUUUGAUAACAGCCCAAUGACACCACCACUUAGCAAGGAGCCGCCACCGAGAAAUUUCUACCCAAAACAAACGCUUAACGAAUCUAGUGGGCCCACAUCAACGCCUGCACUAUCGAGCAUAAGUGGGGCCAAAACCGAAACAUCGUCGUUGGCUUCUGCAAGGAGUAGUUCAUCCGGCGAGGGUGAUGAUCAGUCCGAAGUUUCUAUGAGCAAUGCAAGUGAUUUGGAAACCGAAUGGGUUGAGCAGGACGAGCCAGGCGUGUACAUCACCGUUAGAGCUCUGCCAGGUGGCAAGCGUGAGCUGAGGCGUGUUCGAUUCAGUCGAGAUAAGUUUGGAGAGAUGAAUGCAAGGGUGUGGUGGGAGCAAAACAAAGGCAGAAUUCAAGAACAAUACUUAUGAUAAUAAUAAGCCCUUGGAUAUGACUUUGUUUUUCUUUCUAAAUCUGACAUUUUGGGUCCAUUUGAAUAUCAUAGAAACUUAUGUAUUGGAAUAAAAGUUGGUAUUAUAUCUUUGUUUUCGAUGUAAAA